CGUUCGUCGAUCGCCCGUUCUCUUGCGCUUUCGAUCCUCGGAAGACGUGUGUUCUUACACGGCAGUGUCCGGGUGUGUUAGUGUCCUGUGCAAGUAGUCCGACAGUUAACGAGUGCGUGUCAGUUACGUUUUUGCAUCAAAAUAUAAAUACAGUUCACCCGGGACAAGAGAGUUGUAGGACAUAAACAGCAACAGCAGCAGCAGCAGCGGAAGGAGUAGCCACAAUCAUCUUCACAAUGGGGACGAAAAUUGAGUACGUUGACUCGAGCCACAUGUACGCCACCAACUACAUCCGGAACUCGAAAGCGAUCGCCGUCCUGUGGGCCAUCUUCAGUAUCUGCUACGCGAUCAUCAGUGUUGUUGCCUUCGUCACACCGGAAUGGGUUGGUGACUCCGAUUCCGAUACCGGUGGUCGUCUCGGGCUGUGGCAGAUCUGUCAGAAGGAUGAACUCAACGAUAGCUGCAGCGGUAAGCUGGAGGAGCUACUCGAGAUGCAAUCCAUUGCCUUUCAGGUCGCGACCGUAUUUUGUGGCCUUGCCGUGGCCACGUCCAUCCUAGCGAUCUGCUGCCUGCUGCUCAUGGUAUUCAUGAAGUCGACGACCGUGUUCCACCUCUGCGGCUGGAUGCAGAUGCUUUCCGCACUGUGCAUGGUAAUUGCUUGCGUGUCGUUCCCGUUCGGAUGGAACUCGGAUGAGUUCCGUAAGGUUUGCGGACCGGAAUCGAACCGAUUUGAAGUUGGUCUCUGCAGUAUGCGCUGGGCUUAUCCGUUGGCAAUAAUUGCUUGCAUUGAUGGAUUCAUCCUGGCGACUCUUUCGUUCAUUCUUGCGACACGACAUGUGCGCCUGCAACCGGAACCGCAGUAUCAAAGCAGUACGUAUAAAGGAGAGAUCAAUAACGCGUACGUGACGGAUGCGGUUAGCAUCGCGGGCUCAAGGAAAUCGCUCAAUCUGCAGCCGGUUUUACUGGUAGCGCCACCUCAUAUGGCGCACCACAUGAACGGCAACGAUACGCUAUCGAGUAGAGCGGCCAGUCGGUACGGGCAUGGCAUGCGACCCGAUUAUCACAGCUCUUUGCAUCAGUUCCAGCUGUAAAUCCACACGCAACACGCACCACGGUUACAGUUGAGCUCCGGUUCGGUCCGGCUGAUUUUAACUUAUUCGUAUCGUUUCGUGAAGCACACGGAAGAAAUCUUUAUUUUAGGAGAUGGAAAAGGAGCCGAAAACAAACCGAAAGAUACCGAUAACGGAUGGACACACAGCGGACGCAAUGUGCAAGAGCAAGACAGUGUAGCUUUAAGGUUUCCUCCUUUACUCGAUCAGACCCUUCCCCCUAGGCUUAUUGCCCGGGUCACUAUUCCUCCAAUCCCGUUUUCCCUGACUUGUUAAUGCGCGUAAAUAUGUUUUAUCUCUAGGGUAGCCACUGUUUUUUUCGGUUUUUUGCGAAAAUGAGAAUAUGUUUAAUUGAAUUAUACAUCUACCAAAAAAAAACCCAUCAACAAACGAAGGGACAAAACUGCCCUUUCCCUUA